AUGCUCCUCGUAGAUUACGGCAUGGAGGCGCCUCCUGUGAGGGUAUACAGACCUUUCGCCGACAAGAAGGCCGAAAACGAUAUGUGGAAAUGCGACUGGCCGAUGUGGCAUGCGUUAUGUGCCGCGGUCAGCGAAAUCGCCCAGAGCUGUACCCGUGGAAGACCGGUCAAAAACAUCAUUCGCAAGGCUGUCAUUUGUCUCCGCUUCUUGGCAUCUAUCUCCCCUGCAGCGGGUGCUGUGUUCGGCAAGUCACACUAUGAGUACGACCUUGCUCUCAUGUUGCAUCACUACCACACUCGCCGUACACAUCUUCAGCCUCUAGAGUACUGGAAAGGUCGAACCGGAUAUCAAGGAAUACUACAGGAGCUCAUCAAAGACGUGCCACGAGUCGGGACGGAAAGAUUGAUGAGGAAGCUUUCCGUUGAUUUCAACGAAAAUAUUGACAAGUUCGUUUCUGAUUACGCUAAGCGUCGGGCGAUGAAGGCAGUCGCCAAGCGCGUUGCAGUGAGACACGGGAUUGAAUUAGUUGCGCCAAAGGCAACAGGGCUAGGGACACCUUUGAUCGAGCUGUACUAUAAGAAUGGCCUGCCAAAGAGAGAACAAGACUGA